AUGCUGGGCUCUCCCUGUCUUCUGUGGCUCCUGGCUGUCACCUUCUCCUUGGUUCCCGGAACGCAGUCCUUGGCCCCUCAAGACCUUAAGGAAGAGGACAAAGAUGAGACACCCCGGCCACGGCCUCCUUUGCGGGCCGUCCCCUGUGACUAUGACCAUUGCCGUCACCUGCAGGUGCCGUGCAAGGAGCUGCAGAGGGCUGGACCCAGGGCCUGCCUGUGCCCUGGGCUCUCCAGCCCCACGCAGCCGCCUGACCCUCCGCGCCUGGGAGAGGUGCACGUGGUGGCCGAGGAUGGCAGCGCAGUGGUGCACUGGUGCGCCCCCUUCUCUCCAGUCCACCAAUACUGGCUGCUGCUAUGGGAGGGCAACGAGGCUCCCCAGAAGGGUCCCCCCCUCAACUCUACUGUCCGCAGAGCAGAAGUGAAGGGCCUGAAGUCCGGGGGCGCUUACGUCGUUUGCGUGGUGGCUGCAAAUGGGGCUGGAGAAAGCAGCGUGCCACAGGCAGCGGGGGAGGGCCUCGAGGAGGUGGGUGGCCCUCCCUUCGGGCCCUGCAGGAGGCUGGCCGUGCCCCCCAGACCGCUUACCCUGGUCCACGUGGCUAUCGGGGUGGGCACAGUGCUGGCCCUGCUGAGCUGCUCUGCUCUAGUCUGGCAUUUCUGCCUGCGAGAGCGCUGGGGCUGCCCCCGCCGCCGGGUGGCCUCCCGACCCACAGCAGGGCUCUGA